AUGGACAGGAGCUCCCUGCUGCAGCUCAUCCAAGAGCAGCAGCUGGACCCAGACAACACUGGCUUCAUUGGUGUCGAGAGCUUCACUGGCCUGGUGCACAGCCAUGAGCUGCCACUGGACCCUGCCAAACUGGAUAUGCUGGUGGCAUUGGCCCAGAGCAAUGACCAAGGACAGAUCUGCUACCAGGAGCUGGUAGACCUGAUCAUUGUGUUCUUGUGUUAUGGGGCUCGGCUGAACAAGUGGGUGUUGCAGACCUACCACCCUGAGUAUAUGAAGAGUCCUCUGGUGUACCACCCUGGCCACCGUGCCCGUGCCUGGCGAUUUCUCACUUACAUGUUCAUGCAUGUCGGGUUGGAACAGCUGGGCUUCAAUGCUCUCCUGCAGCUCAUGAUCGGCGUGCCCCUGGAAAUGGUGCAUGGGGUGCUUCGGAUAGGCUUCCUCUACUUGGCUGGUGUGCUGGCAGGCUCUCUGACAGUCUCCAUCACGGAUAUGCGGGCCCCUGUGGUAGGGGGCUCAGGCGGCGUCUAUGCCCUCUGUUCUGCCCACUUGGCCAAUGUUGUUAUGAACUGGGCCGGAAUGCGCUGCCCAUACAAACUGCUAAGGAUGGUGCUGGCCCUGGUGUGCAUGAGCUCAGAGGUGGGCCGAGCUGUCUGGCUCCGUUUCUCCCCGCCCCUGCCUGCCUCAGGCCCUCAGCCCAGCUUCAUGGCCCAUCUGGCGGGCGCCGUCGUGGGCAUCAGCAUGGGUCUGACCAUCCUCCGAAGCUAUGAAGAGAACCUGCAGGACCAGUGUGGCUGGUGGGUGGUGCUGCUUUCCUAUGCCACCUUCCUCCUUUUUGCCAUCUUCUGGAACAUCUUCGCCUAUGACCUGCUGGGGGCACAGGUCCUGCCUCCCCCCUAGAACCCUUUGAAAGUGCCAACACUGCCACUCUGGUGCCACCAUCUGCCAGGCAGCCAGGAUGCGGUUGUUAUUUCUCCCUAUCGACGUGAACCUGACUGAGGUGGGUCUAGUGCCCAAGCCUGGUUCUCUGGUAACAAGAACUACAUAAGGUGCCAACUUCCCACUGGAUUCUGGGCUGGGCUGGGCAUGCAGGUGCGUGCAUGUGACUUUGUGUGCAGGCUAGUCAGGGCACAGCCCCCCCUUGGCAGGACCUCCAGGUGUGGGCCUGCAUGUCCACUCUCUACUGAAUGUAUGUUUUAAAGCUGCUUCUCCCACUCCUAACCCCUGUGCUCACCUGCCUGGGAAGGGCAGGGGCUCCCCUGCUCCCUCACCACCAGUUUCCCUCAGCUGGCUCUUUUCUCUCUAACUCUCCCCAGUUGCCACAGGGACUUCAGCUCCGUGGCCCUAAAAGCUACUGAAUUCAGGGCCUCUCAAACUUUACACUGGUCCUGGAUCUAAAUCCUCUUCCAAGACUUCCUAGCACUAAGGAAGCCAUGGUUUGAGGCUGCCCCAUGGAAGGUGGGGAGGGGGAUGUGCCUGAUGGAAGUCAGGAGUAGUAUCCAGAGGAGAGUAUCCAGGGGAGGAGAAUAGAGGCCUCAUAGCCUCCAGAGCAAAGAGCCAGUUUGAUGGAUUUGCUGUCUGAGCCUUUUUGGAGUAUGAAUAAAUAUUUUA